AUGCCGGGAGGCGUUGGUGGAUCGGCGCGUGCCUACGACGUAGCGGUGUGGCGUGCCGAGAGGCCUCGAGAGCACCUCAACUUCCCAGAUAUCGAGAAUCGGGUGGAAGCGGAGAUGCUUGUGCCGCAGGGCAUCAAGAUGAGGGAGAUCACGACGAAGAAGAAGACGACGAAGAAGCCGUCAGUUGUCGUCAAUGCCGGCGAGACCGGCGAGGAGGCGAUGGCGAGGUUUGCUCGGGAGCAUCCGGAGUACGUCCAGGCCGAGCUGGAGCACUACUGGAAGCGUGAGGCGGGGCAGAAGAAGAAGGAGGACAAGGUGGGUCCCUCGCCGGUGAUCCCCAUCAGGUCCUCUUCCGAGGAGGACUGGGCAGACUUCUCGGAGGAGGAGGAGGAGGGGUGCGACGAACCGGAGAAGGAGGAGUUCUCGGAGCAGUUCCGCAACUCCGAGGAUGAGGAUGGCCCACAUCAUCCUUUCCCCAUCUCGCGAGAGAGGCAGAGAGCAAGCAGAGCAGAGGACCUCGCCCUACUCCCUGCUAGGGCUCAGCGUCGCCGCUUCUUGCGCUCGCGCUCGCCGCCGGUCCGCCGCUGCUCGGCGCCUCCCCGCCGUUCGCCGCGACCGCCAAUCCUCCCCGACGUUGGUCUCCUCUCUUGCUCCGGCUCCCCCACUCCACCGUUGCCCGACACCCCGGCCAUCCGAUCCCCCCCCGUUCCGGCGUUGCCUGCCCUCCACUGCCUCUGGUCCUCCCUGCUCCGACGCUGCGUCGCUGCGUCGCUGCCCGCCCAGGGCCGAGCCACUGGUCGUGGCCUCGUGGAACUGAAGAUGAAGAGGAAUGGUGAGAUUAAGUCAUUUUUUCAGAAUUAUGAGGCAAAAACAAGAAAGGUUGCAGCCCAAGAGCAACAUGAACCUGAUAUUGAUCCACAUCCACUCCAUUCGGAUUUAGAGAUUGACAUUGAUAUUGAUUCACCUCGAGUCCAUUCCGAUCCAUAGAUUGACAUUGAUAUUGAUGAUGAAGCGCCACAACAACCAUCACCCCAACAUCCAAAUGCAAGAUCAUAUAAUAUUCAAAAGUUUCCAACUUAUCCAGGGGAAAGGAUUCCUAUUUCAGAGUAUGAUGUUGGUGAUCAAGAUGAAGUACGGAGACGGUACACUGCAAAGAAUGCUUAUGAGCAUCAUGGAAGAUCACGUCGUUAUUAUCAAGUACAAACAAACGAUGAUCGUUAUAGAAGAGAAGUAUAUCUUGCUGUCAUUGACCAAACCAUUCAAGAGCUUAACAACCGGUUUAAUGAGGUUAAUACGGAGUUGCUUAUUUGCAUGUCGGCUUUGAAUCCCCUCAAUUCAUUUGCUUCUUAUGAUGCAUUCAAGGUAAUGAAACUUGUUGAAUUGUAUCCCAUGGACAUAUCAAGCACGAAUUUGAUAAGGCUAGAAUUUCAAUUUGUUACUUUUAUUUAUGAUACGAGACAAGAUGAUAGGUUUAGAAAUGAAAGUAAUAUUGGUGAGCUCUCUAUUUUGCUUGUUGUAACAAAGAAGCAUGUUCUUUAUGUUUUGAUCUACUUACUCAUCAAAUUGAUAUUGAUUUUACCGACGACAA